GGUGUUGGUUUUAAAGGAAGAGGAGAAACAUGGUUAAGGGGUUUUGGAAGCUUGAUUAGGAGGAAGCGAGUUGAUUCUGUUCAUGUUAGGAGGGAUGCUCAAUUGGCUAGGAAGUUAUCAUUUGUUGAUCUUGUUGGAAUUGUUUAGGAGCAUUCUCGCAGAUACUAUGAAGAAACACCAAAGCUUCAUUGAAAAUUAGAAAUUUGAUUAUGUUAAAUUAUCACAAGGCAGUAAGAGAUAGGCGCCGUUAUUGUCUCUGCAAAGAUGUAGUUUUGUAGUAUUUUUGGUCUCCCACAUCACCAAUUAGUAGUGCCCUUGAUCUUAAUGUUUUUAAAAUUCUAAAGAUGUGUGCUAUUUUGCUAAAGUGCAGCUACCCCACAAAGUGGAUUAGUUGUUCUCUUCUCUUUAAGUUUUCUUGGUUGAAUUUUUUGGUAUUCUCAAGAAACUGUGGCCUAGUUAUCAUAAUAUGGGUUGGAUCUACCAUAGGAGCUGGAGUGUACAUUCUCAUUGGUACAGUUGCUAGAGAGCAAGCCGGACCAGCACUUGUAAUAUCACUUCUCAUUGCUGGAAUAGCAGCUGGACUAUCAGCUUUCUGUUAUGCGGAGCUUGCAUGUCGGUGCCCAUCUGCAGGGAGUGCUUAUCAUUAUACAUACAUAUGCAUUGGGGAAGGAGCUGCUUGGUUGGUUGGUUGGUCUCUAAUUCUAGAAUACACAAUUGGUGCUUCGGCUGUAUCUCGUGGAAUAACCCCAAAUCUGGCCUUAUUUUUUGGCGGGGAGAACAACCUGCCUUUAAUUUUGGCUCGACAUACCUUACCUGAUCUUGGAAUUGUGGUUGAUCCAUGCGCUGCUGCAUUGAUUCUUCUUGUUACCCUACUCCUGUGCCUUGGAAUCAAGGAGAGUUCAACUGCACAAUCCAUUGUGACAACAGUAAAUGUUGGUGUCAUGCUUUUCAUCAUAUUUGUUGGUGGAUAUCUAGGUUUUAAGUCUGGAUGGGUUGGAUAUGAGCUGCCAAGCGGGUAUUUUCCUUAUGGAGUGAAUGGGAUAUUUGCUGGGUCUGCAAUAGUUUUCUUUUCAUACAUUGGUUUUGAUUCAGUGACCAGCACAGCUGAGGAGGUAAAAAACCCUCAGCGAGACUUGCCUAUUGGUAUAUCAACUGCAUUGUCGAUAUGUUGCAUGUUGUAUAUGCUUGUAGCAGCAGUUAUUGUUGGCUUAGUACCAUAUUAUAAGUUGGACCCCGAUACCCCAAUCUCCUCAGCAUUCUCUAGCUAUGGGAUGGAAUGGGCAGUGUAUAUUAUAACAACUGGAGCUGUUACUGCUCUGUUUGCCAGUUUGUUGGGAUCAGUUCUUCCUCAGCCACGGGUCUUUAUGGCAAUGGCUCGAGAUGGUUUAUUGCCUCCUUUCUUCUCAAACAUCCAUAAACGCACACAGAUUCCUUUGAAAAGCACUAUUGUCACCGGUGUCUUUGCAGCUACACUUGCAUUCUUUUUGGAUGUUUCCCAGUUAGCAGGGAUGGUUAGCGUGGGAACGUUGCUUGCAUUUACUGCUGUUGCAGUUUCAGUUUUGAUAAUCAGAUAUGUUCCACCUGAUGAGGUACCCAUUCCAUGUUCACUUCUAACAUCUGUUGAUCCAUUAUUGAGGCAUUCUGGUGGUGAUAUUGGGGAAGAUAGGGCCAUAAGUCCUGUAAAUCCAGCUAGUUAUUGUGAAAAUAAUCACCUACACGAGGCUCUGCUUGGACAUCCUUUAAUCAUAAAAGAAGUGACCAAAGAUGAACAGAAUGAGAGAGAUAGGCGGAAACUUGCUACACGGACCAUUGCUCUUCUUUGUAUGGGGAUUCUCAUAGUUACCAGUGCGGCUUCAGCCGAGUGGUGUCCAAGGACUUUGCGUUUUACAUUAUGCGGAGUGGGUGGAAUUCUUCUUAUAUGCAGUGUAAUUGUGUUGGCCUGCAUAAAGCAAGAUGAAACGAGGCACAGCUUUGGACACUCGGGAGGUUUUGUUUGCCCAUUGGUUCCGUUCUUACCUGCUGCAUGCAUUCUUAUAAACACCUACUUACUAAUUGAUCUUGGAUUUGCUACAUGGCUACGAGUUUCGGUGUGGUUGUUGAUAGGGGUGCUUGUAUACUUGUUCUAUGGCCGGACACACAGCUCACUGUUGCAUGCAAUCUAUGUUCCCUCAGCAUAUGCUGAUGAAAUCUAUCGUUCUCAAGCAUUUCAUCUUGCCUAGUAUUGACAUGGCAGCUACCAAAGUUAUCACACUGCAGGUCCCUAUCCAUUUGUUACAUAUUUGUCACCUUACAUGUCUUACACCAAUUUGUAAAUAAAUAUCAAAUUAUUAAUUGUUUAUUUAAACAAGCGGUAUCAUAUCAUAUAGUAUUUCAUAUUUGCAAAUAAAAUGCAAUACUUCGGAAGUAAGACAAUAGGUGAGUUUCAUGUAAAUAUAGCAGACUUAACUUUUUCUUUUGGCUUAAAAGUUGAACAUCAUUUUGUUUUUGUCAACAAAAGUUGAACAUCAGAAGGAGGUCUAGUCAAUUACCAAUUAUUUUUGUGGGCUUAUUAAUAACAAUGCUCUAUGUAUUUGGGCUUGUAUGAGUAUGAGAGGCGACUCUUUUCUGGGUGUGGUUUUCAUCCCCU